AUGGCGACCGCCGCUCCGCCCGACACCAAGCCCGCCCAGCCCGCCGCCCCGACGACCACGCAGAAGCCCGACGACAAGCCAGUGCGACACCCCCACAAUGCGGGUGCGCUGCUCGAGUCGAUGCAGGCCAUGCUCAAUGGCGCGCUGCUCGAAAUCGGCCAUAGCAUGAAAAACCCCCAACGCCCGAAGCUCACCUUCCCGUCGACCCAAGGCCUCAACGGACCCAGGCACAACAACAUCUCCAUCUCGGCCAGCUACGAGCGCUUUCACCAAUGCCUUGAUGAAAUUGAGCACGAGCUUUUCCGCGCGAAAGCCGUCCUGCGCCGAGACCUCGCCGUGAAGCGUGAAGAGCGCGAGAAGCGCGAGAAGGCAGAGCAGGAGCGCGCCCUCGAAGCCGCACAGAAGAUUGCCGCCGAGAAGAAGGCUGCUGCACCCCCUCCGGUCGUGCCCGUCAAGCAAGAGAAGCAGCAGAAGGAUGUCGACAUGACAGACGCACCGGCAGCCGCGCCCGCCAGCUCGAAGUCCACGGCGGGAGCGCCCUCCGUCGCUGCGCACACGCAUCUUCCACCUCGGCCGCCGGCCAUCCAGACCCAAGCAUCGACUGGCGAUUCAGCGCAGCCUGCGCCUGCAACUGCUACGACGGACGACCUGUUCGGCCGCACUCCCACCACUGCGGGUGUCAACAAUAAUGCCGACUUCGACAGCAUGUUCGAGGAUUUCGCAGCCAGCAACGACAACGAGAACAACGGAGGUGACACUGCCAUGGGCGGCGACGGUAAUGAUGAGUUUGACUUCGCACUACUCCCCGGUCUUGAGAGCUAUGCGAACAGCGACUCCAACGAUGGCCCUGGCGGAUCCAGCACGAACAAGGACGCCGCGAUUGAGAUCGAUUUCAGCGCGCUUGACAACACGGCCGAGAAGAAUAAGGCUGCCGAAGAGGAACAGAAGAAGAAGCGAGAAGAAGAAGAAAAGAAGAAGAAGGAAGAAGAGGAAAAGAAAAAGAAGGAAGAAGAGGAGCAGAAGAAGCAAGACGAGGCUCAGCAGAACCAGCAGCAGCAGGACAGUCAGGACCUCAACGAUAUGUUCGGCCAGGGUGACUCCACGUUCGAUGACCUAUUCAACUACACCGAUUUCGACAUGGGAGGCGCGGGUGGUAGCACUGGCGGUGGCGAUACAACGUUCGAUGACGACUUCUUCAAUAUCUGA